AUGAAGAAGUCAUUACUCGCAUCUGUGAUUGAUCAAUGGUCGGUGGUGCCCCCAGUGGAGACGGCUGAUCUAUCUGGAAAAACAGUUCUUGUCGUCGGUGCCAAUGUGGGCAUUGGAUUCGAGGCAUCAAAACACUUUGCCCGUAUGCAACCAGCGCGGUUGAUAAUUGCCUGCCGUAACGAGGCCAAGGGGAAGGUCGCUUUGGCUGAAAUUGAACGAGAGACCGGAUACAAUGGAUGCGAGCUCUGGAUAGUCGACCUUGCAAAUUUUGCAUCAGUCACCACAUUUUCUGAUAAAUUCAAGAGGGAGGGCGGUGAUUUGCAUAUCCUUGUCAUGAACGCAGCAAUCGUGCAGCUCGUUUACCAGCCCACCGCUGAUGGCUGGGAGUCCGUACUACAAGUCAAUCAUCUUGCAACGUCACUUCUUUCUUUGCUCCUCAUUCCGCAAUUAGUCGCUGCGGGGGAAAAGUCUUCAACACCUUCACGGAUAGUAAUUGUGUCCAGUGAUCUUCACUACUGGAUCACGCCCGCGAAAGAGGUCGAGGCUUCCACGACACCACUUGAAACGCUGAGCAACGAAGAGUGGUGUAUACCUGAGCACAUGCAAUCCCGGUAUAAUGAAUCAAAGCUGUUGAAUGUUCUCUUCGUUCGUGCCUUGACGGACAGGUUGCAGUCUAUCACACCACUCAGCGCUGUGGCCGUGAACCCAGGAUACUGUUAUUCACAAUUACGGCGUGACUGGUACAAGAAACCGACCUUUUCAUUUGCCAGAAUAGCGGUCGCUCUCAAUGAACGUCUCCUGGCGUGGACGGCUGAACAAGGUAGCCGUCAGCUUGUAUUUGCUGCGGUGGGCGGACGAGACAAUGAAGACAAUAUGAAAGCCGGGUACGUAAACCUUGGCCGCCUCAUAGAGGUCGCCGAUUUCGUGCUGAGCGACGAGGGUCGUAAAUUUCAGAACACUGUUUGGAAUGAGACUAUAGACAUUCUGAACGGCGUUUCUGACAAGAUUGCUCCAAUAGUUCAAGAUUAUCUCGUCGUACCUGAUUCGUCCAUAAACUGA